AGCCAUUAUCCACAACAGUAUAGUGUGGUAAAUCGUGAUCCGCCAUUUUAGCGGAAUUCACGCAUGUUCGUUUUAGCUGAGGGAACUCUUCCUCGGCUGCGCCUUGUUUGGUUCCUCAACCAAUCAGCCGUCGUAGCGCCUAGCGUGCGGCCGAAUCUCAGCCGCUUAUUCUGGUGUGCGAUCAGGGACUAAGCUCUGGCUCACCCAUCGUCCCUCCCACUUCCCCGUCUCCACGCUGCGAAGUCGUGCAGUCUAGGUCAUUUACCUACGCGACGCUAGUAUGCGACGCCAGUAUGCGACGCUUCAGGGAGGUCCGGAAAGGGACGCUAUCCUAAUCAUGACUAUUGCGGCGUUCUUAUAACGAAGCUCUCCGUUCCAGCUCUGGUGCGUUUAACGAUGGCCGUUACUACAUCCGUCCACCGAAUCCUGUCUCGCAACAGAGCUACAGGACGCGCGCUCGGCGCGCUUUUCCGAUCCGUCGAAGCCAGAUCGCAAGCUGGAGCAGCCGCGCCGGCCACGUCAUUAAAGGGCACCGCCGCGUUGGCCAGCCGCCACGUCAGCGCCUGCGACCUCGCAGGGUCUGCGGGCGGUCGCGACGUGGACUCUUCACACGCGAAUCUUCAGCUUAUGGGGUGUGAUUACAGCAGAUGGCACUGUAUCAAGGCCGAUCUCGGCUCGCAGAAGCAGCGGCGGUGGCAUUCGACAUCGCCCGAGAGCCGUGAUGGGGCUGGCAAUGGCAUUCCCGGUGGGGAGGGUGGGGGGGGUGGGGAGGGGGCAGGUGGAAGGGCAAACAUGAAGGUUGGAGGGGGCGAGGGAGGGGACGAUGCGACGGUGGUGGAGGUGGACAGAUCGGGACUGAAGAGCUCGGCUGCCGUAAUGGAUGGCGAUUCGCCUGUGGGCAGUGCCGAUCACCGGGCAGGGAGUGGUGGGGAGUCAAGCGCUGACCAGGAAUCCGGGGGAAGCAUCCCGGCAGGUUCGCCCAUGGUGGAGCACAUCCGGUCCAUGAUUCGGUUUCGAGGCGGUCCGGUCAGCGUGGCGGACUAUAUGGAGCAGGUGCUGACGAGCAGCAGUGCGGGCGGGUACUACAUGCAGCGGGACGUGUUCGGCCGGGAGGGCGACUUCAUCACGUCGCCUGAGAUCAGCCAGAUGUUCGGCGAGAUGGUGGCGGUGUGGGCCAUGAUGGCGUGGCAGCAGCUGGGGUCGCCCCCUCGAGUGCGUGUCGUAGAGCUGGGGCCGGGGCGAGGCACCCUUAUGGCUGACCUGCUGCGGUCGUCUGCCAAGUUCGCCCCUUUCAGCCAGGCGGUGGAGGUGCACCUGGUGGAGGUGAGCCCGGCCCUCAGGCGCCUGCAGUGGGCUGCGCUCAAGUGCCACGCUGCAGGGGCAGAGGGGGGAAGAGAGGGUGGUGGAGGGGAGGAGAGGAGUGAGGCGGAUGGGGGGAGGAGAACAGGUGGUGGGGAGGAGGGGAAGGCAGGCUCUGGUGUAGCGGCGUCAGCAGGUGAAGCAGCAGCAGCAGCAGCAGCAGCAGCAGCAGGCGCAGCAUCACCAUCACAACCACAAUCGCCAUCAACACGUGCAGAAGCAGCAGAGGCAGAGUUGGCAGGGACAGGCGUAUCGGGCCUGAGUGGAGCCACGGUGACGUGGCACUCUGCGCUGGAGGACGUGCCUGAGGGAGUGCCCACGAUCCUGAUCGCCCACGAGUUCUUCGACGCCCUGCCCAUCCACCAGUUCCAAAAAACGGACCGAGGGUGGUGUGAGAAGCUAGUUGACGUGGCAGAAGCGGACAAACAAGGCCACCCAUCUGAAGGCCACUCCGAUCCGAGCCAUGCACAAGGGGACACCAGUGGCCGUCCAUCUGCCGACCACCCUUUUCGUUUCGUCCUUUCUCCGGGGCCUACGGCAGCCUGCACUCUUUGUCUUCUUCCUCGCAUGCAAUGGGCCCCACUGGAGGAGCGGGGGGCAGCCGAACAUGUGGAGGUUUGUCCAGUAGCGGUCAAGAUUGCGCUGCAAAUCACGGAGCGGGUGGCGAGGGAUGGUGGGGCGGCGUUGAUAGUGGACUAUGGGGAGGACCGAUUGAUCUCUGAUAGCCUACAGGCCAUUCGCAAGCACGAGUUUGUGAAUGUGUUUGACGCACCUGGCACUGCGGACCUCAGUGCGUAUGUCGACUUCGCUGCCAUCCGCCAAGCCGUCGCCGACUCCAAAUUGCCUGCUCGGGCGUUUGGCCCCAUCACGCAGUCGCAGCUGCUGGGUCGCCUGGGCAUCAACUUCCGAGUGGAGACGCUGCUUAGAGUGGCGUCAGAGCAGCAAGCCGAGGCUUUAAGGGACGGGUACUGGCGGCUGGUGGGCGACGGGGAACCCCCGUGGCUAGAUGAGGAUGAUGAGCGUGAGGCUGGGGAGGGGGGAGGGCGGGGGAUAGAGGGGGAAGACGGAGCACAUGUAAGUGAUUGUGGGUCUGACUCUGACACUCAUGAUGGUUCAUUCGAGAAGGGUGGAAACAUUAGCAAGAGGUCAUUUGUGGGCAUGGGAUUGAGGUACAAGGCUCUUGUGAUUGCGAGUGAAAGGUUGGGAGUGCCAGUUGGGUUUGAGUGAUCCUCUAAUUCUAGCUUGUUUGUACAGUGAUUGCUCUUAUCACAACAAAUCGCUCACCCAUUGAGUUGCGUUGUUGCUGUUGCACUAA